AUGACGUUAAAGAGAAGCAGAGAAGAAGAAUCAGUAUCAGUGGAGAAACUAGCAAUGGCGAAUUGUGCGGAUAUCAUGAAGAGGAAUCAGUCAUUAGGACGUAGAAUCUUUGAGUGCAAGACAUGCAAAAAACAGUUUGAUUCGUUUCAAGCACUUGGUGGAUACAGAGCAAGUCACAAGAAUACAACAAAUAAACUUAUGAUGACUCUUCUCCCUGUACCCAUUGAGCCCAAGAAACACGAAUGCUCCUUUUGCGGCGAAGAGUUCUCUCUGGGCCAAGCUUUGGGUGGUCACAUGAGAAAGCACCGCGAUCAGUUGAAUCAAGUUCAGCAUAAGAAGAAGAAGUUACAAGAAAAGUGUGAUGAAUCUGAACAACAAGUUGUUAAAGAAAAGAAGCAUAAUUCGAAUAGUGAACGAAUUUUGUUCUUGGGUUUGAAUUUGACGGCAUAUGAGAAUGAGUUGAUGACGGGGGUAACUUCCAUAUAGCUAGCAAGAGAUUAUAGAAAUUUA